AUGCGUCUGCUAAACACCGGCACCCUUACUUUGGAAGAAUUCGCCGAGGGCCAAACACCCCAGUACGCCAUCCUGUCACAUAGAUGGGGCGAAGGCGAGCUUUCCCUUCAGGAUGUGGAAAAGGGAGAGCUACUAAGCCAGGGUGUAAAGAAAGGCGGUUACGACAAGGUGCGGCGAUUCGCGUUCCGAGCACAAUGCGACGGGUUCGAGUACGCUUGGAUCGACACGUGCUGCAUUGACAAGACAAGCAGCGCCGAGCUGUCGGAGGCAAUCAACUCUAUGUACCUUUGGUACUACAGAGCAGAGAGGUGCUAUGCCUAUCUUGCCGAUGUCUGGUUGGUAGAUGACAUGUGCGAAAGCGAGUGGUUUCAAAGAGGAUGGACCUUGCAAGAGCUGCUCGCGCCAGCUGAAGUCCAUUUCUUUGGUAAGAACUGGGACGACCUAGGAACCAAGGGAACUCGGCGGCAGGAGAUAUCCCAAUGCACAGGUAUACCAGUCGGCAUUCUUACUGGUCAUGACGAUCUGGAAACGGCUAGCAUUGCACAGAGAAUGUCAUGGGCGGCGGAGAGGAAGACAACUAGGGUCGAAGAUACUGCCUAUUGUUUAAUGGGCAUAUUUCGCAUUCACAUGCCCUUGCUUUACGGAGAAGGACAACGAGCUUUCACCAGGCUCCAGGAAGAAAUCAUAAGGACGACAGAUGACCAUAGCCUCUUCGCAUGGGCGCAUGGUGACAUGUCCGGUGGACUUUUGGCCGCCUCCCCCGCUGCGUUCAAGAGCUCCAAAAACAUCAUCACACUGCGCCCUUCUGAUGCCCCUUCAACGGUGAGCAGUAUGGGGGUUCACCUGGAACUACGCUUCGUAGGCAUAGGGCCUCGAGGACUAGGCCUGGCGGUCCUGAACUGCGCAGAAGGAAAUGGCAAAGACGGGCCAAUCGCCAUCUACGUGAGAGACACAUCCUUGACAAUGGACCGAUUCGAAAGGGUCCACAGCGAAAAGCUGGAACAGCUCGACAUGAGAAACCUCCGACCCUCGCAAAUUUCAACAAGACGGCUCUGCAUCCAAAAAGAGCACGUGUUGGCCACACGCCAGCCCAACAGCGUCGAAAGAAGCAACGGCACCGCAGAAUACGCCAUCUACGACGACGAAACGCUCUCAAAACUAAUGAGCUUCGGAGAACCCACAGCCCUCCACGACGCGGCAAAAGCAGGACUCGAAGAAAACGUCUGGCUGCUGCUGACACGAGCCGACGCCACAAUCGACCUGGAGGACAAGACCGGACGGACGGCACUGAUGCACGCAGCCGAGCACGGCCACGCGACAGUCGUCCUCAUGCUGCUCAAGAACGGCGCCGACAUCGAGGCCAAGUGCCGCGGCUGGACGGCGCUGUGGUGGGCCGCCAACGAGGGGCGCGAGGCCGUGGUCACGCUCCUGCUCGAGAGAGGCGCGAACAUUGACGCGAAAGAUUACGACGGCGAGACGCCGCUGCUGUGGGCUGCCAAGAGGGGCCACGAGGCCGUCGCCACGCUGCUGCUUCAAAAGGGCGCGAAUAUCGAGGCGGCCGACUACGAUGGCGAGACGCCGCUGUCGUGGGCGGCCAAAGCGGGGCAGGAGGCUGUUGUCAAGCUGCUGCUGGCGAGGGGCGCGAAUAUCGAGGCCGAGGAUUAUAAUAGCCAGACGCCGCUGUCGCGGGCUGCCGAGGGGGGACACGAGGCCGUGGUUAAACUGCUGCUUGAGAAGGGCGCCGAUGUCGACGCGGAAGAUUGUGAGGGCCAGACGCCGCUUUCUCGGGCUGUUAAGAGGGGGUAUAGAGGUGUGAUUGAGCUGCUGCGAACAAAAGUCGAUGCUAUCGACACUUGUCGUGUUGGAAACGGGUAUAUAGGUGCAUGA